AGGCCAGGAGUCAAAAAUAGAAGUCACAGAGUAGAAGUAAAAACCACAAGGGAAAAAAGAUAGUUUUUACCUCCUCUCUACAAGGUACAGAACAGGGCAGUGUCCUUGUGCACAUCAGUAAAAAAAAAAAUGGGUGAAGAGGCAGCAGAGAAGAAACAGGAGGAGAAGAAGCAGGAAGAACCUCAAGAGAUUGUGCUCAAAGUCGACAUGCACUGUGAAGGAUGCGCCAAGAAGGUUGAGAAAUCCCUCUUGAGGUUUGAAGGGGUCGAAAAUGUGGAGGUGGACAGUCGAUCAAAGACUGUAGUAGUGAAAAGCAGGACGGCAGAUCCUGCGAAAAUCUGCGAGAGGGUUCAGAAGAAGACCAAGAGAAAGGUUGAGCUGAUUUCCCAUCUUCCUCCGCCACCUGAGGAGGAGAAGAAAGAGGAAGCACAACAACCACCUCCAGAAGAAAAGAAAGAAGAGCCACCGAAGCCGAUAACUGUCAUCCUGAAGGUCCAAAUGCACUGCGAAUCAUGUGCGCAGCUUCUGCAGAAGCGCAUAAGCAAGAUAGAAGGAGUGGAGUCGGUGGUGACCGAUCUGCCCAACGACCAGGUGAUCGUCAAAGGCGUGAUGGACCCAGCCGCGCUGGCAGACAGCAUCCAGAGGAAGACGAGGAGGCCCGCAGUCAUCGUCGAAGACGAGAAGAAUACGGAGGAACAGAAGCCAGAAGAGGGUGAAAAGAAGCCAGAAGAGGAGAAGAAAGCCGACGCUGACAGCGCGGAUGGCGAGCUCAAGAGGUACGAGUUCUGGCCGCCCGUCCAGUACUACGUCGAGUACGUGUACCCCUACGCGCCACCGCCGCCGCAGCUACCGGUUUCGGAGUUCGGAGACGAGAAUCCGAACGCGUGCGCCGUCGUGUGAUGCCACUGUUGGCUGUUGAUUUGCAAAGACUACUGGUUUGUAUGAUAAGCUCCAUGGAAGCUGUGUUGCUGAGUGAUCGUGCAAUGAUUGUUAAAGUGGCGUGCAUGUGCUCUGUUCUUCGGAAUCUGUAAGGUGCAGAGCUUUGUG